GGCAUUCAGUUACAGUAAACCCUUCGUGGCUGCUGGUUGUAAUACGGUACCAACCGCAGCUGCAGUUCAACGUUCUCGACAAAAACAAAAUCAGCACAAUUGUCGGUCGCAGCGACGAGUCUGGGUAGCAGUUCUGUUUACUAUUUCUCAAUACAAUUUGUUGCACGGCUCUUACAACUGAUAACAACCAUUAAAGAACGAUGGCAAUUCAGAACGGCAUGUACCACCAGCAGCCAGUGGACGAACUAAGUAUCCAAGAUUACCGAGAACGCUUGCCGAACUUGCGCAUUCGACCGCGACUGCGCACACUCUGCAGCUUAGCAACAGUUCGAAGACGCAUUCACGUGCUGCAUUGGCUGCCCAAAUACCAGCUCAAUCAUCUACCAUCGGAUAUUAUCGCAGGAGUGACAGUCACCCUGACGGCAAUUCCUCAAAGUAUUGCCUACGGCAUUUUAGCGAACCUGCAACCUCAAGACGGAAUAUACUCUAAUCUUGUUGGAUGUUUGGUGUAUUUUCUGUUCGGCAGCGUUAAGGAUGUAACCAUUGCUCCAACCUCCAUUAUGGCCAUUAUGAUUCAGGGGGUGGUGCUUCAGCUGGGCUACGGCACAGCACUGCUGACGCUGCUGGCCGGAGCGAUCACCCUACUGUUCGGUGUCCUAAAUUUAGGUAUUUUGGUACGGUUUAUAUCGAUGCCGGUCAUUACCGGCUUUACUACGGCAGCUUGUCUGACCAUUGGAAGCUCACAGUUGAAAUCAUUGUUCGGCAUCAGUAGUCCUGGGAAAAGCAGCGAUUUCAUUGAUGCAUGGGAGAACGUCAUCACCAACAUCGGUGAAACCAGGCUUUGGGAUACGUUGCUCGGGUUUUGCUCGAUAGGAUUUCUGGUUGUUUUUAAGUUAACAAGCAACUGUGGCCAAGGUAAUAUUCGGACGGUCUUCAAAUACUUGUCGUUACUUCGUAACGCUUUGAUUGUGGUCAUUGGUGCCAGCUUGGCAUACGCAUUUUAUGUUAACGGUGUGCAACCUUUCAAACUGACCGGUCACGUAGACUCGGGCGUACCGCCAUUCCACAUACCGCCUUUUUCAAUCACUAACAACGGUACAUAUUACUCCUUUUCGGACAUGAUUUCAACCAUGGGAACAUCUAUUAUUGCGAUUCCGUUGGUGUCAACGUUAGAGAUUAUUUCUAUUGGAAAGGCAUUUUCCAGAGAUAAGAUUGUAGAUGCCACACAAGAAAUGAUUGCACUUGGAUGUUGCAAUAUAGCGGUAUCGUUUGUUUCGCCUCUCCCAGUGGCAGGAUCAUUUACCCGUACUGCAAUCAACAACAGCAGUGGGGUAAAAACUUCUCUAGGAUGUGCCGUAACUUCGGUUCUACUGCUGGCGUCACUUGCUCUGUUAGCCGAUGCUUUCUACUACAUUCCUAAGGCGACACUCGCUUCUGUGAUAAUCUCGGCUAUGUUAUUCAUGGUAGAUUACCGAGGGAUUGCCGAUAUUUGGCGCGUCAAAAAACUAGACAUGAUUCCCUUUUUAGGAACCGUAAUAGCCAGCAUUUUCCUCGGUUUAGACUACGGAAUAUUAGUGGGGAUUGCGAUAAAUUGUUGCUUUUUGCUGUAUCUGAUGGCGGUACCAAAGAUUACUAUGCAGCCACUUAUGAUUGAUGGAGUCAGUGUGCUAGUGGUAAAACCCAUGCAAGAUUUAGCAUUCUCGUCAGCCGAAUAUAUACGGGAACGAAUUAUUCGAGCUGUAAUGGAAGCCUACGAAGCACCGGUGGAACUGCUAGUGCUGGACGGUACCGGGGUGAACUUUAUCGACACAACCGUUACGAAAAAUCUAGCCAGCGUCGAGCAGGACAUGCGCACGAGAGAUGUGGGUUUCGCGCUUUGGAACUGGAGCCGCAGUGCUGCGGGUGCACUGGUCAGGCUGGACCAGGGUUUUGUAAGAACGCUAGCAAAUGAUGCAGAGCUAGCGGAAGUGAUACGAUCUUGGAAAGAAAGUCACAAGAAAGAUGCAUAGACAGGCCGGCAAAAAAUAAUUGAUUAUAUAUUAUGUAACAAGUACCUAUCAUCGAGCAACAAUUGCAGAGAACAGAGGUGCAAUUAUUCGCUUCUGUUCUUAGGAUAUUACAAUGAUGAUUAAGCACGAUUACCUCAUAUAUUAUUGCGCAUCUACUUGAAACUGUAAUUUUCAA